CCAUCUUCACCCACCCUACUAUAUAGCUCAUAUUUAAUCGAACUUCGCAAAAAAAUGAUCCAAAAUAAAUACGUAUUUUUUAGGUGAUUGGGAACAUGAUUCCCUUCGUGAUUUUUAAAGUUGCGCCGCAGAAUGAAAACAUGACACACAGCCAUUUACUUAAUAGUAGCAGAAUAUUGGUUAGUGAAGCAUGCGGUGCCAACGAUUGCCAACUUCCAAGUCAAGAAGAUCCGAGUAAAUACCGCCAAGCAGAACAAACCACAAUUUACAUUAUGCUUGGAGUAUUUCUGGUUAUGACUUUUGUUGGAGCGAUAAGCUACAUGUUUAUUCCAUCUCCCGCGAACGAAGACUUAAGUUUAUGGCGAAAUGAAAUACAAGGAGCUGACAAUGAAGGAUUCUCCUCACCAGAACCGCAUCAUGCUGAUAAAGGAAAAGAACGACUUGAUGAAAAUGGAAAUGUUUGUAAAGUCGAAGUUGAAACACCAGUGGCACAAUCUACAGAAACUUUCAAUGUUGUUCAAUGCGAAUGUCAAACAGAGACAGCAGAUAAAAGUAAAUCCAUAAAAAAUGAACUGCUUGGAAUUUUGCAUCAACUAGUCAACCGCAAGCAACUGUUAAUGUCCCCGAUGCAGUUUCAAUACGGUUUUCAUAUGAGUUUUGUAUUUGCUGAAGUUACAAGAGCUUACGUAUCCUGUGUAUUCGGUGUAACAGAAGUCGGACUUAGCACUGCCAUUUACGGAGCUAGUUCAUUGUUGAUGUCAUUGUUUGCUGGGAAAAUGUUUGGUCGUUUGGGAAGGUUAGUACAGAAAAUAUAAUUAUCUUUACACACACUUUUGUUUCUAUUAGAAGUUUAACUUGACAAUGAUUAAACAU